UUGUCGUGCGAAACGUUUUUGAAUCGCCGUGCAAGUCCACGCUGUACUGCUUAAUAACAUCACUUAUAAACCGCGUUGCUUAAGUUUAAGAGAUUACUGGAACGUCUUUUAUUUCAACAUGAACGUUCAGCCAUCAAAUCCCAACAACCCAAUUGUGUUUUUUGAUGUCACCAUCGGCGGGCAGGAUGUGGGAAGGUUGAAGAUAGAGUUGUUCGCUGAUGUGGUGCCAAAAACAGCAGAGAACUUUCGGCAGUUUUGCACAGGAGAGUUCAGGAAAGAUGGUGUGCCAGUUGGCUUCAAAGGUUGCACGUUCCACAGGGUCAUAAAGGACUUCAUGAUCCAGGGAGGAGACUUUGUUAAUGGGGAUGGCACUGGAAUAUGCAGCAUCUACAGGGGUCCUUUUGCAGAUGAAAACUUCAAGAUGAAGCACUCAGCCCCAGGUCUUCUGGCUAUGGCUAACAGUGGGCCCGGCACUAAUGGCUGUCAAUUCUUCAUCACCUGCACCAAGUGUGACUGGCUGGAUGGGAAGCACGUUGUGUUCGGGAAAGUGGUGGACGGGCUACUCGUCAUGAGGAAAAUUGAGAACGUCCCUACAGGCCCCAACAACAAGCCCAAGCUGCCCAUCGUGGUCAGCCAGUGUGGGGAGAUGUAGCCGCUUGGAGCCCCUCUGUUUUCUGGACCGACUCCGUUUUCUACUCCAACUCCCUACCCCCAGAGUGGAAUUAUUUUUACUUAUGAUGAAUGUGUGUGUGUGUGUGUGUGUGUGUGUGUGUGUGUAUGUGUG